GAGAGUGGGGCGUUAAAUAAAGAGAAAACGGUUGUUCCAUUGAAAAAUUAUGCAUGUGUCCGGGUCCCACGUCUCGCCCUCUAGAGUCCCGGGAUACCGGGUCCCACUUUUCCCAUUUAUUAUUUUGCAUUUAGUGCUUUUGGAGAAGUUGUUCUGAACUUUUUCUGUUCUGACGUGGGUUCAGCUUUUUCUGUAUAAAUUGGGAGCUUAGACGACGUUGCAAAAUCCUGAGAACUUCAGUAUGAAUGACGGUUAUAUGCACGGCAUUAAUAAGAUGAAAAAGCCAGCGACUAAAGUAAUGGCGCCACCAGGUGGCCAAACUAGCAUCAACUUGUUUGGUGGAGAUGCAGAACCACCCCAGCAUACUGUUAACAAAUGCCAAGCUAGUAGAAACCAAUCCAGCGUUUUUGGUACCAGUAGCCAUGAGCAAAAGGUCCCCAGUAUAAAGAAUCCAAGUGCGGAAACAAAUGUGAAUGCUCGACAAGCUCCUUCCAAUGCUACUCCACCUGCUGCUCCUGAGACCAUCCCAGUUGCAGUUCAGCAGCCUAAUAAACCUGCAGAAAGACCAAGUACUAAAGUAAUGGCUCCACCUGGUGGCAAAACAUCAAUUAACUUAUUUGGUUGAAAUUAACAUAUUUGUUAAAUUGUCAUUUUAAAUCAACUGAACUUAAAAUUCAGCUAUGUUGGUUUAUAUAGUACAUACUCGUGUUAAUAACCUUUGAUUUUCUUCCUAAUACAACAAGCCAUUUUUUAUUUUAAGACUGUUAGACCUUAUUUAUACUAAUAUUUGGAUAUAUUUUUUUCAAGCAUAAAAGAAGCAUGGGCGAGAAGGGUAUACGCCAAAAAGAAAUCUAGAAAGUUAAAUUCUAGCAGAUAUUUCUUUUGCGGAUUAAAACUGCAAUAUUUUUCCCGUAUCUUUCAAAAUUAGUACACAAAAAAUUUUUCUAAUGUAACAAAUAGACAAUUUCUUUUGAUGCAUUGUAGAUUAAUUUUUAAUUUAAUAAUAUAACAGGAAAAAUUAC